AUGUCAUCAAGCUCAACAUGGGGAUCUCCAUUUUUGGAACAGAAACAGCAAAAACAAGACCUUUCGCCUAAUUCACCACCGCCGCAAUAUUCAGCGCAAGUAAAUUAUGGACCUCCACUUGCAAAUUUAGGUCCUCCGCCUGGACCACCACCUGGACCACCACCUGCAAAUUUAG